AUGAGUCUGUUGGGCGCGGGCUAUGAUGACAGCGAGGGCGAAGAAAGUGCCGAACCGGCAGAGGCGAAAGUGCAGGCACGUGGUGACCUGCAAUCAGACGAAGCCUUGCUCAAGAAGAAGAAGAUUGACUAUUCAAAGCUGCCUAUGUCAAGGCGGCUGAGCUUCGAGACGCCUCCCCAGAUCGAGCAAGAGGAAGCACCCUUGAGGAAGGCAGCAGAGUUGGCGGCCAAUCCGGUCGGCCAAAGUUUGCUUGCAGCUUUGCCUCCACCCAAGGUCACGCUGGGGAAGGAAUCUGGAUCGAGCUCCAUUCGGCUGGAUCUGGAAGAUGUGAAGCCAGCCAGGAACAAGAGCACGGUGCCAGUGGAGGGACUUCUCCGUCCAGACAAUUACACAGACUUGGACGAGGAGGCUGCGCAAGUGCCUGACAACGUCCUCAACCAUCCUAUGUUCUCGGCCGACACGGCGCAGCCGGACGGUCCAUCCGUAGACGACCUUCUGGAGUUGAGAAAGCCUCGGCAGUUUGUCGAGGUCAACGCAGAUGAUAUGAAGGACCCCGACUGGUACAUGAAAAACCAGAUUGCCGCUGGCCCCGGGCUUCUGGCAAAGAAGCGGGUGUCCGAUGACGUCUCCAUGUUUGAUGGAAGAGGUUGGCGUCAGACUACGCAUGCAAACCCCAGCAAAACCCAGAAGCGGAAGCACCAGAUCAAUUGGCUUGCGACUGAAGCCAUGGAACAAGAAGCCGAGAUGCUGGAUCGCGGACAGCAAAAGAUUUUGUCGAAGGCGCAGACACACGCCAAGUAUGGCUGGUGA